GUAUGGGGACCAUAUGACCAUAUAAUGGCUGUUAUCAUCAACAGGCAUGUUAAAAGGGAUGCAACUAUCAGCAUCUUGAAGGGAAAUGUCUGUAUAAAGACCUACAACUUAAUAUUGAUGGAGGGGGAUAUUAUAAUGGUGUUUCUUAACCCAGGAUUCUACUACUAG